AUAAACGAUCAUCAGAAACAUUCGUCUUGUAUAUUGUUAAAUCUACUUUCAACAUACACUAUUAGUAGGUGUUUGUUGGCAGAUGUGAUUGAAUAGCUCAUAAAACUACAACAAACAGGAGAGAAAACUAGUGCUACUAAUAAUGAUUGACUGCUUUCAUCGUAGAAGAACUUACGGAGUUCGCAUAAUAUGUGGGCAGACUGAUUUGAGAGAGAUUGUCGUUGUUGUCAUCGAAACCAAUAGCAGAGUCCUGUGCUGCCAUAAGCACUUGAAGACAGCUGGGAAAGUGCUUACCGCUGGAACUGAGCAUUUGUGAGAUUUGGAAGUGUUCUAUUGGGUCAUCGCGAAGGAAGGGUGGUGAAGAGAAUCGGAAUCUGCAUUACUUCACUAAGUUUGAUGUGGACGAAGGUCUUUCCAACAUUCUGAGGCAUCUAGCAAGCUAUACCGCCUAUACACUUUACAAAAGCAUCAAGAGGCUUCCUGAAAUGAAAGUUACGGGUUGCACAGAAGCAUUUAUGGUAUUCGAAGGUGACAGAAACUCCGUUGUGGACAAACGUGACUGCAGCUGCAGAUGUUUUCAAAACAGCAAUGUGCUAUUGCCAUGCCGUCAUCUAGUUCAUACUAAAUGUCAUAUAUAUACCAGUCUGGAUGUAUUUAGACAGUACUAGGUGGUUACAAGACUACAAUCACACUG